ACUCACAUACUUGUGUUGCAGCAUGAACACACUCAAGCGCAAGCGUGGAGGAGGGCGUGUCGACCUCGCCGUGUGUGAGGUAGAGUCUCUCAAGCGGUACAAGGCGUACUACCAGGUCGACGUGGCUCGUCUUGCCCAGCGCGCUCGCGGCGCUGUUCUCCUUCCACACAGCGUUGCCUCGGGCGUCACUCCUGCACCGCGCGAGAAAGCAGCGGAGGAGAGCGAGUCUGUUGCUAGAGUCGAGCAAGGCAAGCCCAACGAGGGCCAAGGUCAGAUUGGGCCUGAGACUGGGGCCGAGGCGGGGGCCGAGGCGGGGGCCGAGGCGGGGGCCGAGGUCACUGGGGCCGAGGCGAGGGCCAAGGCGGGGACCGAGGCCACUGGGGCCGAGGUUGGGGCUGCUGGGGCCGAGGGAGGCGCCGCCAAGAAUGAGGUCGGUGCCGAGGUCGGUGUAGAGGUCGGUGCAAAGGCCGUUGCAGAGGCGGAAGCCAAGGCUGGAGCAGGUACACGGCAGCUAGGAUAUGAUAUCAAGCUCGCGGGACUGCCAUCGUCGUACUCGGUCGAGGAGGAGAUGGAGUUUGUGGACAAGCACCUGGGACCGUAUCGUUAUUUGAUGGAAAAGGGCCGGCCGCGGGCUCGGACUGGGACUCACGAGGCUGUUGUGGCCGAGGCCGAGCGCGCCCACCAGCAAAUGAUCGAAGCUGGGCUGUGUGUCGAGCCGAAAUCGCUAGAUGAGCUCAUGGCUAUGGACGUGGCGUCUCGCGGGAGCGCGGCCGAGGCCGAGGACGACCGCGAGGCGCUUGUUGCCGCAGUCAACUACCACCUCCGCCGGGCGCGGAAGCCGAACGAGGUCGACACGCUCCGCCGGUUCUCGCGGCUGGUCAAAAUCCGCUCGCAUCGCGAGUUUGUCCGCCAGACAAUCGAAGCUACCCGGCAAGCCGCCCACCAGGCUGCAGUCGAGGCCAAAGCCAAGGCCGAGGCAGCCAAGGCGGCCGAGGUUGCCGCUGCUGCAAAGGCCAAGGCGGCCGAGGCCGCUGCCGCUGCUGCAAGGGCCAAGGCCGAGGCUGUCGCCGCCGGCGCUACUGUCCCAUCCGGCGCCGGGGUCGAGGCUGUCGCCAGCGCCAAUGAGGCCGCGCCUAUGGACGUGGUGCAGCCAACACCACAGACACAUGUUGUGGCUGCAGCACCGGUCUCCGCAGCACCGGUGGUGGCGGCACCGACGGUCGCAGCGCCGACAGCCACAGCGCCAGCUCCGGCGGUAGAGUAA